ACAAGAAAAAAAGCUUGCUUGAUGCAUUUAUUUACAACAUUUUAAUUUCGAAUCUUUUGAUUUUUAUCAUCCUGACAACAACAAAAAACAAAACAAUUCCGUUCGAAAAAAAUCAUUCCAAUGAUUACAAAUCAUGAUUAUGAUAAUAGAAAUAUUUUUAUUAUUUCAAUCGAUCAUAACUUGAAAUGUGAAUCGAUUAUUGAUCAAAAUACCACCGGCAAACGAUAUGAUGGAUUUUCAAGAACAUUUAUAUCCGAAAUUAUUGAUCGUUUGGGUGUGGAAUCAUCGAGAGCACAAAAGCUACAAAUACCGAUUACAACUACGACCAAAUUUACUUCCGAUACUAAUGAUGAUUUAAUUUAUCUAAUGUUUGCAAGAUCUUUGGUUUCGAAACAAUCAAAAUUCAAAGAAAUUGGUUUCAUUCGUUUUGGUAAACGUGAUCUUUAUUUUGAUGAUGGAACUUCUUUGAAACAUUUAGUCAAUUGUCCUUCCAUACUUGAUUUCUAUAUCCGUUUCAAACGUAAUGGUUAUGGAAAAAUAUUAUUCGAUUUAAUGCUAAAACGAUUGUCUAUCAAUCCAAAAGUAUUAGCAUAUGAUCGACCAUCAUAUUCAAUGUUAUCAUUCCUACGUCGUCAUUAUUCAUUGGACCAACCAUUAUGGCAGCAUAAUCAUUUUGUUAUAUUUUCAAACGAUAUUUUCUCACUUUGAUAACUUCAUGAUCUUAUCGAUUCGAAGAACUGAAUAUGACUUAUAUAAAAAAUUUAUC